CACCAGCUCCGAGCCAACGUGUCAUAUUCAGCACUGCCUAACGACCUUCGAGAGAUGCUUCAGCGGAGGCUUGGAGACCUGGAGCGCCAGCUCCUGAGCAAAGUGGCUGAGCUUGAGGAUGAGAAGUCUUUGCUUCAUAAUGAGACGUCAGCCCACCGGCAGAAGACAGAGACAGCCUUGAAUGCACUGCUAGAAAGAGGGUCUGAAUUAGAAAAAGGGAACAGUGCAUUUAAGUCACCUGAUGAAUUCAAAGUCUCCCUUCCUCUUCGCACAAACUACUUGUAUGGGAAGAUCAAGAAGACUCUGCCAGAGCUGUAUGCUUUUACUGUGUGCUUGUGGUUGAGAUCAAGUGCUUCUCCUGGAAUUGGCACUCCAUUCUCCUAUGCUGUUCCUGGGCAGGCUAAUGAAAUUGUCCUCAUAGAGUGGGGGAAUAAUCCAAUUGAGCUGCUAAUUAAUGAUAAGGUUGCCCAGCUCCCUCUCUUCAUUAGUGAUGGAAAAUGGCAUCAUAUCUGUAUAACAUGGACAACCAGAGAUGGAAUGUGGGAGGCUUUUCAGGAUGGAGAGAAGCUUGGCACUGGGGAGAAUCUUGCUCCCUGGCAUCCAAUUAAACCUGGAGGUGUCUUGAUCCUGGGUCAGGAACAGGACACAGUAGGAGGAAGAUUUGAUGCAACUCAAGCCUUCGUUGGGGAGAUGAGCCAGUUCAAUAUAUGGGACAGGGUCUUAAAAGCUGAAGACAUCAUGAAUAUUGCUAACUGCUCUACCAACAUGCCUGGCAACAUCAUACCCUGGGUUGAUAACAACGUUGAUGUGUUUGGAGGUGCUACUAAAUGGCCUGUGGAGACAUGCUGA